CUUCAUCUUCUUCACCAACGAUAUUUGUUAAUUAAUCACUGUAAUUUUAAAUUUCCUCCAAAAGAAAAACUAAAAAUGUCUUGCUGUAGUGGCAAGUGUGGCUGUGGCGCUAACUGCAAGUGCGGCAAUGGCUGCAGCGGGUGCGGUAUGUACCCAGACUUGAGCAGCUACUCGGAGGCUGCCGGCGCCGCCACCGGAGCCGUCAUCCUCGGCGUUGCUCCUACAUAUUUUGGGGGAUCGGAGACGGUGAUGGGUGGUUCCGAGAACGGGUGCAAGUGCGGUGCUAAUUGCACGUGCGAUCCAUGCACGUGCAAGUGAGAAGAACCAAUAUCGUACGUGCGACGAUGAAGAAGAAGAGAUGAUGAUGUUGUACUAGUACCGUACGUGUGUCUGAAUAUGUGCCCUUUUCUAAUAAAAGUUGCCGUUGAGGGUUUCAAAUAGUUUAUAUAUAUAUUUAUAUAUAUAAACUUAUAUAUAUGUAUUAUAUAUGUAUGUGUGUGUGUUUCAUGUACUACAGUACUAGUACUAAAAUAUAUUCAUCUCUGCUUAUUGAUCUAAUUAUGUUAAAUAAUUUAGCUAUAAAGUGUGGUAAGCUAUAUUUCUCAAGUGCCCAAAUCGAUAUUUGAGGAGGGGUGAAGUGCCAGAAAGUAAAAUCACGGGGUGUUAAGUGCUAUUUACCCUAAAUUUAAAGCAAUCUACUACUAAUUAUUUCAUGUAACAAGCGUGCUAGAAUUAUGGACUUGUUAAUUCCACACACGCCAUACAUACA